AUGGCCUCGGCGGGCCUCCAGCUCAUGGCUUUCAUCCUGGCCCUAUCUGGGGUCUCUGGAGUGCUCACGGCCACUCUGCUGCCCAACUGGAAGGUGAAGGUGGACGCGGGCACCACCAUCGUGACGGCCAUCGUGCAGCUGCAGGGGCUGUGGAUGGACUGCACGUGGUACAGCACAGGGAUGUUCAGCUGCACCCUGAAGCACUCCCUCCUGUCCCUCCCCACCCACGUGCAGGCCGCCAGGGCCACGAUGGUCCUGGCCUGUGUUCUGUCUGCCUUCGGGAUCUGUACUUCCACUGUAGGAAUGAAAUGCACGCACUUAGGAAGGGACAGAGAGACCAAGAGCCACGCGGCCUUUGCUGGAGGGGUCUGCCUUGUGUCUGCAGGGGUCUCUGGUUUGAUACCAACGGUGUGGUACACGAAGAACAUCAUAGCCAACUUCCGGGAUCUGGCGGUUCCCGAGGGCAACAAACACGAACCUGGAGGGGCUCUCUACAUUGGAUUCAUUUCAGCGGUGCUGCUCUUUAUUUCUGGCAUUAUUUUCUGCACUUCUUAUAUAAAAAAGAACCCUGAAGCGUGGCCCUCCCCGCCCAGGCAGGAGCCCUCCCCUCCCACACAGCCGGAGAACAAUCCAGCCUACAGCCUGAAGGACUAUGUGUAG